UUUCCACAUCCUGUUUUCAGCAAAAACAGGCGCACAAGCCAAUCAACUUACAGGAACUCAGUCGCUCGACCAAUCAGAAGUUCACAAUCCCGGGACUUUGGUAGCUCGUCCGUGUACUGUACUGCUGAACAUUUCUUGUGAAAAUCUUGAGACAGGAUAACAACCAGACUGUAUAGAGAGAGUCUACAAUUGCCAAUUUUGACGGGUUGGGCCCCCCAACACACAACACCCCACCAUGCCUCUGGUUACGAGGAAUAUAGAGCCACGGCAUGUGUGUCGACAGACCAUCCCCUCUAACAUCCGCAGUGAGCUGGAAUGUGUCACCAAUAUCAGCCUGGCCAACAUCAUCCGCCAGCUCGGCAGCCUUAGUAAAUAUGCAGAAGAUGUGUUUGGGGAGCUGUUUAUCCAGGCUGGAGCAUUUGCGAUCAGAGUAAAUACACUGGGAGAAAGAGUGGAUCGACUGCAGGUAAAAGUCACCCAGCUGGACCCCAAAGAAGAGGAAGUCUCUUUGCAGGCCAUCACUACUCGUAAGGCCUUCCGAAGCAGUCUGACCCAGGACCAGCAGAUGUUCACCAGGCCAUCUCUGCCAAUGCCUGUACAGGACACCUACAAAACCUGUAAUCCGCCCCCACCCCUCAACUACCUCAGCCAAUACCGGGACGAUGGGAAAGAGGCCCUGAAGUUUUACACUGAUCCCUCCUACUUCUUUGACCUGUGGAAGGAGAAAAUGCUGCAGGACACCAAGGACAUCAUGAAGGAGAAACGCAAACACAGAAAGGAGAAGAAAGACCAUUUGAACCAACGAACGCUUAAUCCACGAAAGAUCAAGACCAGAAAGGAUGAAUGGGAACGCCGUAAGAUGGGGGCGGAGUUUGUGGUGCCAAAGAAUGAUUUGAUGAAUUCUUCCGAGGCUCUGAAUGGCAGUAUUGGAUCUGGAGAUGGCUUCAAUUCUGAAGGCUUCGAGAUGAGUACCGACUCCUACGCUUAUGAGCCUGGCUCCCCUCUCUCUCCGCCUGGCAAUGAUGACUUCCUGCCUCCUCCACCUCCAGACAUGGCGUAUAAUGACGGAGGGUACGGAGCACCAACCCAGAAGCGUGUCAGUGUGCUAAGUCCAAACCACCCACCUCCUGCUCCCCCCAUGGUCUCUCCCCCUCCCAACUCUCGCCCUAACCUCUCUCCUCCUCCUGCACCUCCUCCCCCUCCUCCACCCUCUGGAUUUGGGGUUCCCCCACCUCUUAUGGUGACACCACCCUUUCCUCCUCCAUUCUCCCUCCUCUUCCACUGCCAUCCCUCCCCACCUGCUCCCCCUCCUCCCCCUUAUGUCCACUGUUCUUCUCCCCUCCCCCCUAUGCCCACAGGAGGUGGUGGUCCACCACCUCCUCCCUCCUCCACCCCCGCUGGCCCUCCUCCUUCAUCAUACCACAUCUGCUCCACUCCUCCCUGUGUGGUGGGCGCCACCAAGCUCGCUCCUAAACCUCAGCCAGAGCCUGCUGCCGAUGAUCCUCGCAGUGACCUACUGCAGGCCAUCCGACAAGGUUUCAACCUGCGUAAGACGGAGGCACAACGGGAGCAGGAGAAAAGAGAUACGUCUGGCAAUGACGUGGCCGCCAUCCUGUCCCGUCGUAUUGCUGUAGAGUGCAGCGACAGCGAGGAUGACUCCUCCGAGUUUGACGAUGAUGAGUGGUCGGAGUGAUUGUCGUCCCGUUUCCCCUUCACUACCACAUCUGUAUCUUUCCUUAGCCUUAAACAGCAUCCUGUUUCCAUUCAGAUUCCAUUCUUAAUACCGGAGAGGCACAGGUCCAUAUUCUGUGUAUCUUUUAGAUUUUUAGUGUAUGCACUAAUAGUAUGUACAGGUGACCUAUUACAAAUCACAUUCCUUGAACCAUUUAGUUUUGUUUAUCCAAAAUUAUUCUGAUCAGAGGUGCAAAAGUCCAAAGAUUGAGAGAGUGUGAGUGUGCCUGGUUGUUUCCCCAACCUUGAUGCUUUAAUUGGAAGUUAUUGAUGUUAGAGUGUUGUGUGAUGUGAUGCACGUCUCUCUGCUGAGUCUGUAUGUAAACACAUCACCUCUUAGUGUCUAUUAGAAUCGUUUGUCCUUUGCUGUAGGUCAAAUGUCUGAUUUUAGCCGCUUAAGUAUAUUAAGGGAAGGGACAAUAGAGAGGGAGUGGACACACAAGCACGGAACCUUUUCAACACACAGUAUUUGUACGUACUGACUCAGUGGAUAAGACAUAAUGUGUUGACGUCAAAACAUUUUCGCUCACUCAUAGAUUAUACAAUAUAGAUGUAAAGUUUAUAUAAGAUAUUGAAUCAUAUUUACUAAAGAUAAUGAAUGCAAUCCUUUUUAUAUCCCUUAAAAGCACAGUUUUCUUUGCCACUUUUCCUUUCCUCAUUUAUAUUCAGUCUUCUUUCUGUGGUUGUCAUGGGAACAAUUCACUUGUGGAUGUGACAUGGUUGUAGUUUAUAAACAAAUUCAUCAAUGAAUUAUUCAGUAUGAUAGGGGAAGUAUUGGCUCAUCAUGACAGAUACCUGGGUGUUUGAUGAGAUCACGUGUUUCAUUUUGUAUUGUGGUUCAGCUCUGUUGUGUAUUUCUUGCUGCAGUUUUUCUUUUGAACAUUUCUGGGGAUCAACUAGGCUCUGUUACUUUCAUCACUAUGCUAUUUAAAAAGAGUGCCUUUUUAUACUGCAUUUCAGUGUCAGUGCAGGUUUAUUUUGGUUAUCCACACUUGUCACUGAUCAGCUUCUAAAAACCUUAUCAGCUCCCGUUGAUGAGUCAAAUGUACAGUAGAACCGACUGAUGUUUAGUGUGGACCACAUAUUUCUCAAGUGCCUUUAUUUUAAAUGUGCCUGUGUUAAAUUACAAUCACAUAACAUGCUUUGCCAAAGCUUCUCCUGGCUUUCAUUUCCAAAAGAUUAUAGUUAUUUUAAUAAAGAGUGAAUUACAGUGA